CCAGCAGAGCAGCAAGAAGCUCCAUGCAGAUGCUCUCUCGCCAUCGCCAUGGGCGCCCCCUCCUCCAUUUCGUACUCAAGCCCCCACCUUUCUCCACCACAAACACGGCCAGCGCCCCGCCCCCGCCUCCGCCUCCAUUUUGCACCCCAGAUGCCGCCCCCCACAUCUUCUCGCUCGGCGGCCACGACCCCGGUGCGCUCGCCCCCGACGAUGCCAUCGCGGCACUCUCCUCGCUCGCGGAAUCCGAUGGCUCCGCUGCGGCGCUCGCCUUUUUCCGCCGCCUGGCGUCCCGCCCGGACGUGCGCCACCUCAUGCGUCUCUACGUCACCGCCGCGACCGCCUUCGUCGCGAGGGGCAGCCUCCCCAUGGCGCACGAGGCCAUGCGCCGGAUGGUCGCCGCCUUCGCCGAGGCGGGCCGUCUCCCUGAGGCCGCGGACAUGGUCUUCGAGAUGCGCAGCCACGGGCUCCCGUUCUGCGUCGAGACGGCCAACUGGAUCCUCAGGGCCGGGCUGGACACCAGGAACUUCGCCUACGCGCGCAAGGUGUUCGACGGAAUGGUGACCCGUGGCUGGGUGUGCCCUGAUGAGCGCAGCUUCCGGGCGCUGGUCCUAGGGUGCUGCAGGGAAGGCCGGGUGGAGGAGGUGGAAGCCCUGUUGGCGGCAAUGUGGGGGCAGGGAUUCUGCCUGGACAAUGCGACGUGCACGGUGGUCGUGCGCACCUUCUGCAAGAAGGGCCGAUUUAGGGAUGUGUCUGAGUUCUUCAGGAGGAUGCUGGAGACGGGCACCCCACCAAAUGUGGUGAAUUACACUGUGUGGAUUGAUGGUUUGUGCAAAAGAGGGCAUGUCAAGCAGGCGUUCCGUGUACUGGAGGAGAUGGUCGGAAAAGGAUUGAAGCCGAAUGUGUACACACACACGUCGUUGAUUGAUGGGCUCUGUAAGAUUGGGUGGACGGAGCGGGCGUUCAGGCUUUUCUUGAAGCUCAUCAAGAGUAGUUCAUACAAGCCGAAUGUGCAUACAUACACUGUGAUGAUUGGAGGGUACUGUAAUGAGGGUAAGCUUGCUCGAGCUGAGAUGCUUCUUGGAAGGAUGGUUGAGCAGGGGUUGGCACCAAACACAAACACGUACACUACGCUGAUCAGUGGCCACUGCAAAACAGGCAGCUUCGAUCGUGCCUUUGAGCUGAUGAAUAAGAUGACUCAUGAAGGCUUCCUGCCCAACAUUUACACAUACAAUGCUGUCAUUGAUGGCCUCCUCAAGAAAGGAAAAAUUGAAGAGGCCUAUAAGGUGCUCCGGAGGGCCACUACUCAAGGGCUUGAGCUUGAUAAAGUGACAUAUACUAUAUUCAUAACUGAACACUGCAAACAAGGUCACAUAACAUAUGCUCUAGAUUUGCUCAACCGGAUGAUUGAAAAUGGUUGCCAUCCUGACAUAGAAACAUACACCACCCUUAUUGCUACAUAUUGCCAGCAGAGACAAAUGGAAGAAAGCCAAAAGCUGUUUGACAAGUGUCUCACGUUAGAAUUAGUGCCAACCACACAAACUUAUACCUCAAUGAUUGCAGGCUACUGUAAAGUUGGCAAAUCAACCUCAGCUUUGAGGGUCUUUUAUAGAAUGGUUCAAAAUGGAUGCCUCGCCGACUCUAUAACUUAUGGAGCUCUAAUAAGUGGGCUCUGCAAGGAAUCAAGACUAGAGGAAGCACGGGCAUUAUAUGAGGGCAUGCUUGAUAAACAUUUGGUGCCAUGUGAAGUAACUCCUGUCACUUUAGCUUUUGAAUAUUGCAGGAGGGGAAGGACAAGUGUUGCUCUAUCAAUCUUGGAUAGACUGGAUAAACGGCGACAGAUUCAUGCAACAAAUGUGCUAGUUAGAAAGCUCAGUGCUACGGCAAAUGUGGACGAUGCAAGUCUUUUCCUAAAAAGGGUUUUGGAUGGGGAUUCAGUUGUUGACCAUGUAACUUAUACUGGCUUCAUCAAUUCAUGCUACGCGAACAAUAGACACGCUCUAGCUUCUGAAAUAUCUGAUAAGAUCUCAAAAAGAACCCUCUAGCUUUCAAGAAAAGAAUGCUGCACUUAUUGCUUAGUUAGGGAGAACAAUCUAAUUGCUUGCAACUGAUAUGGAAGAAAUAUUCUACAGUAGGUGGUCACUGUUCUGCAGCUUGCUAUAGUAAAAUGGCCAAGAUCUAUAUGACCUGACUUUCACUAGUGUAUCUAGUAAGAACUGCUUGAUGGCAGGAAUGGCGUCCCCUGUGCAUAAACAUGUGAGAAGAAAGAAGGAGAACAACUUUGUUGGAGAUAUUCAACAAAAUCCAUAUGCAUAUGAAGGUUAUCUCUAAUUUUCUAUACCCUAGAUUCCUACUUCUCAAGAUACAAUUCAUGGUAUGCUUAUUCAUAGCAGUGAGUUGUUCACUGACACGUCACAUAUGUUCUACAAUCCGAAGCCUCUGAUACACAGAUAGACAUGAUUCUUGGUAUCUGAACCUCGCUCUUUGUUGAUGUUGGCUGCCCUCACUGGCUCUAAAACUAUUCCAGAUACGGCAACUGCGUGCAGCUGGGCUUUGGAUGCUUGCCUCCCAUGAGGGCUCUUAUCCGAAUGCUCAAUGUCAAACUGGUUGCAUAUCAGAAAUUCUCUUGCAAAAACUGAGAACUUUCUAGUUAAAAUAUCUGACAAUUGCAAGUAAUACUGUGAAAGGCCCCUUUCAAUGAAAGAACAGCCCGAAAACUGAGCAAAACAGACAACUCAUCUGCCACCAGAUAGCUCAACGGCUUCAUAGAUGUUCAGUGACUCCUCACUGAAGGUGAAUAAUUUGUGGUGCUGCUUAUUUUCGUACUGCUGUCGACGG